CUAGUAUUCGUUCUCACCUUCUUCGCAUUCAUUGCUCCUUACACGCACGCAAUCAAAUUCUCCCUUCCACCAGGCCGCUUGCCCAUCCCAAAAUGCAUCUGGAACGCUGCACACACUCAUGCACUCGUCAUUGUCACCGCCAACGUUGGCCCCGGGGCACACCAACGAGUAGACAUUGAAAUUUUGGAUUCGACACCCCACCGCAAUGUCUACCUUUCAAAACGCGACAUUAAAGGCGAGACGAGACUUGCUGUCACAGCACAUGGCGAGGGACAGGUUGGAGUGUGUUUCAAGAACUAUCUGUCUCCCGACAUCAAGCUAGACACUGCGCGGAAUAUGUCGCGCACUGUUGAUCUGGAUAUUGACAUUGGGGCUGACGCUGUUGACUACAACGCGAUUGCAAACCAAGAAUCACUCUCUGGGCUUGAGACAGAAAUGCGCAAGCUAGAAGGCAUUGUCAAAGAGAUAGUUGACGAACUCGAAUACCUCAAGCAGCGUGAGGAACGCUUUGCAGACACUAAUCUUGUGACGAAUCGACGCGUGCAAAAUUUCGCCUGGUUCACCAUUCUUUCCCUUACGGGCCUUGGCGUUUGGCAGAUUCUGCACCUCCGGUCGUUUUUCAAGCGCAAGUACCUCAUUGAUUGA